ACAGACCUCCAGCAAUGUCGUUUCAUUAGAAAACCUUUGCAGGAAGUUAAAACAUUAAUCACAGUUUAUCACAAAAAAAAUCAGUUUUUUUAAUUUUUACUAGUUUUCUGUUUCUUUACUGUUUUUUAGGGUGCAUGCGAGCUCCGGUAAAAGGGCACUUUUGUAAAAUAGCAGACACCUCAAUCUCUCUGAUUCCUCCCCAAAUCAGCCGCCCCUACCUCACUCUCUUCCCCACCCGCCGCCGCCGCCGCCUACAGAAGGCCCAGCUCCGGCACCACCCCCCACCUAUCUCUCUCUCCCCGCGCCGCCUCCGUCCUUCCCUCCCGCGGGCCGGCCUCCUCUCGGCACGCGCAGCUCGGCGACUCUUCAUCCGGUCAAGUGAAGCGGCUCGAGCGCGCAGCCAUGGCCGCCCCUGUUCUGCCGCCUGCAAAGAGGAAGAAGGAGGGUCCGCCUCGUCUGGAAACCUCGCCGCUCCUUCCGGUCGCAGCCGCAGGCUGGUCCGCGCUCCCGCCCGACCUCGUCCGCCACGUCGCGGACUCCCUCCUGGCCACUAACGACCUCGACUUCUACAUGGACUUCCGCGCAGUCUGCUCCGGUUGGCGCGCCGCCACCGAUGACCCCAGGAGCGACGCCACCGACCCCCGCUUCCGCCCGCGCCGCUGGAUCGUCCUCGACGAGGUCUUCCAGAGCCAAGGAAAGAUGCUCCUGUUGAACACCGACUCCGGCCGCUUUCUCCACAGAGAACUCCCGCUGCUCAACGACCACCACGUCGUGGCAACCACUCGCAAUGGCUACCUGGUCCUGGCGGACAAAAGCCCUCCUCACGCGGUCAACGUCCUCAACCCUCUCACCCGCGUUGUCAUCCGUUUCGUGGCGCCGGUGCCCCCCAAGGUGGGAUCCGCCGCUGUCGUCUUCUUUGACGACUCUUCUCCCACGCUCACCUUGUUCUGCGAUUCAUCUCACAAUGUUUACACGGCUGACCUCAGCGAUAUUGGUUUUGACGUCCUAGAGGGUCCCGGACCGGAAGCAGAGUAUGAUUUCUUCCGUAAGACGGUCCUGGCUGGUGUUUACGCAGACAUAGAGCCGGCAUUUCAUGGUGUGCUUGAUGAUUUAUGCAGUUUGCUCAUGUCUGGUGAUGUUGCCAAGUUUUUCCCCGGCGGUCUUCCAGAUGCAACCGACCUCAAAUGGUUUCCAGUGGGUUUGGGUAAACAUAUGCUGCUUGUUGUGAAUGCAGAGGGAUCGAUCUUUGUUUUAAAAAAGAACAUUCAGAUAGGUAAGCUUGUGGCUUUGGACAGCAUCAGCAACUAUGCCAUCUUCAUGGGUCUUCAGAGGUGCCUGGCUGUCGAUGCUGAGAAGUUCCCAGGCAUCGAGGCAAACUGUGUCUACUACAUUGAAAAUCUGGGUUCGUCAGCUCACAUCUGCAAGUGCAACAUCAAGAACAGGAAAGUAGAGAGGAUCUCUGAAGCUGCCGAUUUCGUGAAGCACGGCAAGCAGUUUGUCCUGGUUGCUGACCGUCCUUUGACGAUCAUCCACCUUCUCUCCAGCUACACCAUCAACAUCCCUGAUUCUCAAAUGGCCUUACAACAGAUUCCAUAAGGCGCUGGCAGAUGUUCAACUUUGGGGAGAUUGAUCUCGAUGACUGACAGACAAAGGCUAUGGUUUUGCUAAGUAAUUGCUCCUAAUUACUCUCUAGUCUUUUGCUUUGUUAUUUUGGAUAUGCCUUGCCAUGUAACGUGUAAGAAACAGAUUGAUCGUAUGUUAGAUCACCUUUAGUGGAACUACUGUUUGCUGUCUUAA